AUCCUACGUUCACAAGAUUCGUUAUCAUUGAAUAAAUAUAGUUUGUCAACGCAUAGACCAGAGGAUACUUUCAUAAAAUACAUCUCUAUUGAUAAUAACAGUAGUCUUCACAAUCAUCAUCAUCAUCAUCAAUCUGCUAGUCAAAAAUAUCAACGAGAAUCAUUGUUAUUUCAUAAAACCGAUUUCAAUCAAUCUAAAUCACAAUUAUCAAGUACUAAUACUACGAAUGAUCAUCAUCAUCAUCAGCCCAAUCUACAUGAGUUCGAUCCGAAUGAGUUCAGUCAUGAAAAGUCAAAAUCAAUAAUCGUCACUACACUCACUAACUCUAUUACUAGCACAACUACUACUACUACAACUGCUACUACUACUACUAGUAUUUUGAAUACUUCACUCGAUACUACAUUAGAUCAUUUGAAAUUAUAUAAACAACAAAACGAUCAAUUCCAAACAAAACCUAUUGCUCGACUUGUUCCACCUUUAAUAGGACUCAAUGAGAUCAAUGGUGUAAAUGAAUCACAAACAUUACCGUAUGAUAUCUGUAUCAGUAAUAAUCAUAGCAGUAGUAAUAACAAUAAUAAUAAUCACACAGAUAAUGAUGACAGUCUAAGUAAUCCUAGCCAAAGUCAACGUGAUCCAUGCACAACUAAUGAAUUAUCAAUCAGUAAUAAUCAUAAUCAUCAUAAUCAUAAUAAUAAUAAUAAUACUAAUAACAGUACUAAUCAUCUCUUACAAGAUUCCUUCAUACAAUCAAAUUGUUGGCUACCAAAAGUUGCAAUGAAUUCAAAUCGUGUAAAAUGUGAUGAAAUUUUAUCGACUAGUUGGAAUUUAUUAACUAUGAAAAAUUGGAAAUCUGAUCAAGAGUUAAAACGUAAAAUGGGUUUAUUCAAUCAUAAAAUUAAUGGUGGAUUUUGGUUUCGUGAAAAAUCUAUCACUCAUACAAAACCAUUUGUUACUGGUCGACGACGAAUGGAACAUCAGUCACAGUCACAGUCACAACAACAGCAGCAGCAACCACAACAACAACAUGGGCAUCAUCUUCAUCAACUGCAAUCUCAGCAACAACAGUCGAAAGGAAUGACAUUCAGUGCGAUAGUGAAUCAUUGUCCAUUAUUGAACCAGUACUUACCAUCUAAUAAAGCA